AGCGAGGUCGGGGACUUUGGGGUCAGCCUUCAGCCUUGAUUAAGGCAAGGGCACUGCCCCCCAGACUUUGUAACUUGUAACAAGCAACAACAAAUUCAUGUUGGUUGAUUGAUCGAUUACAUGAAACUGCCGACUUUGUUUCCAACCAGCAGAAGUCUGAGCUGAGUGAGAGCUGAGCGUUUAUCUAAGAAUAUCUACUUGAUUCCCCGUCAACCAACAGCUCCCUCCCUCACGAGACAAAGACGGACCCAAGCCGUACCUUGGCGAAACCACAUUACUGACACAGGCCAUUGUCCCCGCCCACCGUUGGCUACCUAAUGGCUCUGGCUUGUGAGCCGCGCUUUAUCGAGAUUGGAGUCAUUCACCGCAAACAGCUACGGCUCGUCUAAGAGAGCCGUGAAUGACUGCGCCUCUGCUGCCUCUGACGCUUCCUUUGUUACCUCUCAACUUAGCCAAUCUUACAGGCUUUGGCUAUUUGCUUCUCCAACAUAAAUGGGCGCGCUCUGCUCAAGAACAGAGCCGGUGGAAGGAGCUCAGGACGAUUACGAUCAGCACCAUAGGAAGGAUCAUUCACAUACCGAUUUCAUGACUCGUCUAUCAAAACGCGCAAAGAUUUCUCGGAUGGGAGAGCCAGCUUUAGAUGAUGCCGCGGCUGCGCGGAAUCACAUCCAGGCCCAUGAUGCUGAGAUCACGGCACGAGGUGUUCUUAUCGAAAAGGCAGACGUCACUGAUACCGUGACGCAAGAGCCUGGAGUCGUUGGGGAGUACUUCAAGUUGCGACAACAGAUGGUAGCGCGAGAGAAGGCUCUGGAUUUUGACCAUGGAUGUCGCAUGCGCAGCACUCCUGAAGAGAGACGAGCAGAUGCCAUCAUUCAAAGGUUGAGGAGUGAGGAUGGGGAAAAUGUAUAUGCUCAAGCCGCACCACGAACAGGUUAUGGUGGCCAGCAACACCCUCGUUUUCCUGGAGAUCAUUUUCUAUCGAACAAGCAUCUCAUCGAUCAAACGUCCUUAUUCCGCGUAGCGCAGCAUAUGCCUAAGGGCGGCCACUUGCACAUUCAUUUCAACGCCUGUCUUGCUCCCCAAGUCCUGCUCAAUCUUGCAAAGGAGAUGGACCGGAUGUUUAUCACCAGCGAUAUACCCCUUGUUUCGGACAACGAUUUUAUUAAUUUCGAUCGAUGCGAAAUCCAAUUUUCUCUAUUGAGCCCAGAGAAGGAAACACCUGGUGACUUGUUUUCACAGACAUAUCAACCUCGGCAGACGAUGCGGUUCAGAGAUUUUCUUGACAGGUUCCCUGGAUAUUACGCAACAGAUUCAACCAAUGUUGAUGAGUGGCUAUUCGAGAAACUUAUGUUCCACGAGGAGGAGGCGCAUAAUCAUUUGCAGACUGCAUCUGGGGCUUGGGAAAAGUUCAAUGGUCGGACACGUAUGAUGAAGGGUCUCUUCAACUAUGCGACAGCAUACCGAAGGUACACCCGGUUAUGUCUGGAGGAUUUCAUGAAAGACAACAUCAGCUAUGCUGAAAUUCGGCCCAACUUCAUGACCAGCAACCAACUUUGGAGCGAUGACGGCACUCAACUCAUCGACAACAAAGGCAUCAUGGAACUGAUAAUCGAAGAGGUCAUAAACUUCCAGACCGACAUGAAAAAGCAAGGAAAGUUCUUUGGUGGUCUGAAAGUCAUUUACUGUACACCUCGAUCAUUUGCGCCAGCGCAGAUCGAUGCUGCUCUCACAGAGUGUCUGAAGUUUAAACAGAUGUGGCCUGAGUGGAUUGCAGGUUUCGACCUUGUUGGUGAAGAGUCCAAAGGGCGCCCCAUCAAGGACUUCAUCCCCGAGCUUCUGAAGUUCCAGGAGGAUUGCGACAGAGACGGCGUUGAAAUUCCAUUUCUCUUUCACUGUGGCGAGACCCUAGAUAUGGGAACCGAUACAGAUGGCAACCUUGUUGAUGCGCUCCUGUUGAAAUCGAAGAGAAUCGGGCACGGUUUUGCGCUAGCGAAGCACCCCUAUGUGAUGCAACAUAUGAAGGAGCGCGGUGUUUGCCUCGAGCUCUGUCCCAUCUCAAAUGAGAUCUUGGGACUCACGCCUCGUGUCAGCGGUCACACAAUGUAUCAGCUUCUUGCCAACAAUGUGCAUUGCACGGUCAGCUCGGACAAUGGUACACUAUUUAGAUCCUCUCUAUCUCAUGAUUUUUACCAAGUAUUGGUUGGUAAGGCUGACAUGGGCCUUUUUGGAUGGAAGCAAUUGGCGUUGUGGAGUUUGGAGCACGCUUGUCUAUCAGAGUCUGAAUACAACCGCGUAUUCAGCGGCUGGGAGCAGAAGUGGAAAGAGUUUAUCAAGUGGAUGAUUGAAGAAUAUGACGAGCAGCCGAAGGUUGUCUGAUGAUAUGGCUCGGCGGGGCAAUGGUUUUUUACGAAGCGAGUGAGCUACUCAUGAUUAACGUGGCGGUUGAUUUGUUGACAAGUUCGGAGUUUGGUGAAUGGUAAGAGGGCGAUGGCCACUGUGGUUUACUUACUUGCAGCGGCGUUUAGGAUGGCUUUUUUGACACUACCGACGAUAGAUGAAUGAUCUGGAGGACCAUAGAGACAGCUUUGAGAACCAGAGGAGGACGAAGAAAUGUUAGUAUCGAACGACUAAUUAUCUAACUCUCUUGCAUAAUUCGUCAACCCUUUUGGGUGUAGGGGUGGUACGACACAGGACACCUACGAAAUAUUGAUUCAGUUCAUCCAUUGGAUCAAUCGUAAUCACACAGCCCUGUUACACAGAGCUAUUCGUCCUGAUCUGCUGGCUGUUGGUUGUUGGGUUACGUUCUUGGCGGCGGCUGUAGGGUACUUUAUGAGACUUAG